AUGAUUCGAAGAACCAGUAAUAAAUUGUUAACAAAAUCCGUUAGCAACAACAAGUGUACUCAAAAGGCUGUUUUUGCAUCCACUUCUGCCUGCAACAAGAAAAUUGGUACUAACAACAGCUCCGUAUUGAGUGUGGCUUCAUCAUCUCUGUCCAAUAAGAAAGCCUUUUCGAGCUCACUUGCAUCAUCUCAGCAACCACAAUCUCUUGCAUCGUUGGAUACCUAUUCAAACAGACAUAAUGAACAAGAACAUAACCAACAUAUCCAAUCCAUGUUGAAGGAGAUUGGCUUUUCAUCAUUGGAUGAAAUGGUUGAAGCCAUCAUUCCAAAGAGUAUUAGAUAUCAAGAGAAGGUGGUAUUACCAUUCGAUACAGAGCAAAAUAAGACCAUUCUCAAUGGUGAGUCCGAUGUUCUCUCUGAAUUAUUCAGCUAUGCUAAACAAAAUGUCAUGAAGAAGAGUUUGAUUGGUCAAGGCUAUUACGAUAACAAAAUUCCAAACGUUAUUUUGAGAAAUGUAUUCCAAAAUCCAGGAUGGUACACUCCAUAUACUCCAUAUCAAGCUGAGAUUUCUCAAGGAAGACUCGAAUCCUUGCUCAACUAUCAAACAGUGAUUUCCGAUUUGACUGGACUUCCAAUUGCAAAUGCUUCCUUGUUAGAUGAAGGUACAGCUGCCGCAGAAGCUAUGGCUGUUUGUUAUAAUGCUCACAAGAAGGAAAUUGCUGCAUUCUUUGUUGGAUCGGAUGUUCAUCCUCAAACUCUUGCUGUAGUUCGUGCUCGUGCUGCUCCUUUGAAUAUUCAAAUUUUGGUGGGCGACCCAAUGACUUUUGAUUUUAAUGCAAAUCGUGUUUGCGGUGCUCUCAUUCAAUAUCCAAAUACUAUGGGUACAAUUAAUAAUUUUGAAAAGUGUGUAAAGGCAGUUCAUGAUACUGGUGCAUUGGUUGUGUUCGCCUCUGAUUUAUUAGCAUUGACUGUUUUGAAAUCACCUGGAGAAUUCGGAGCUGAUUUGUGUAUUGGUAGCUCACAAAGAUUUGGUGUUCCACUUGGAUUUGGAGGUCCAUCUGCUGGAUUUUUGAGUGUGAAGGAUGAAUUCAAGAGAAUUAUUCCUGGAAGAAUCAUUGGUGUCAGUAAGGAUGCUCAAGGAAAAACUGCUCUUCGUAUGGCUCUUCAAACAAGAGAACAACACAUUAGACGUGACAAGGCUACAAGUAACAUUUGUACUGCUCAAGCUCUUUUGGCAAACAUGGCUGCUAUGUAUGCUGUCUAUCACGGUCCAGAUGGAUUGAAGAAGAUUGCCAAUAGAGUUCAUGAAAUGACAGUAAUUUUGAAUAAGGGCAUUAAGAGUAUGGGAUAUACUGUUAGCUCUGGAUUGUUCUUUGAUACUUUCACUAUCACUGUUAACAACUCUGACAAAUUCUUGCAAUUUGCAGCUGAUAAGGGAUAUAACUUUAGAAAGAUUGACAACCAAACAAUUUCUCUCUCUAUUGAUGAAACCAUUACAGUGAAUCACUUGAACGACGUAUUGGCCAUCUUUGGUCAAUAUAACAACUCAAAGGUUGUUACUGUGCAAGAAAUCAUUUCAAAGGAAUCUUCUUCUGAUAGAAAUAUUAUUACACACUCUGAAUUUGCUCGUACUACUCCAUAUUUGACCCAUUCAACAUUUAACAAGUAUCACACUGAACAUGCCAUGAUGAGAUAUAUCAAGAAACUCGAAACUAAGGAUUAUUCUCUCUGCCAUGGUAUGAUUCCAUUGGGUUCUUGUACCAUGAAAUUGAAUGCCGCAAGCGUAAUGAUUCCAGUCACAUGGCCAGAAUUCUCCUCAAUUCACCCACUUGUUCCUCUUGAUCAAGCUAAGGGUUAUCUCAAAAUGAUCAAUGACUUGAGAGUAUGGUUGAGCCAACUUACUGGUUUUGAUGACUGCUCAUUGCAACCUAAUGCUGGUUCACAAGGUGAAUAUGCUGGCUUGUUAGUCAUUAUGAAAUACUUGGAAAGCAUUGGCCAAUCUCACAGACAUGUAUGCUUGAUCCCAUCCUCAGCUCACGGUACAAAUCCAGCUUCUGCUGUCAUGUGCGGUAUGAAAGUUGUGGUUGUUGAAUGUGACAAGCACGGAAACGUUGACGUCAAUGACUUGAAGUUGAAGCUUGCUGAACACAAGGAUAACGUUGCUGCUCUCAUGAUUACUUACCCAUCGACACACGGAGUCUACGAAGAGAGUAUUCAAGAAAUUUGCCACUUGGUUCAUGAGGCAGGCGCUCAAGUUUAUUUGGACGGAGCCAACAUGAAUGCUCAAGUUGCUCUCACAUCACCUGGAAAGAUUGGUGCUGACGUUUGUCACCUUAAUCUUCACAAGACAUUUGCUAUUCCACACGGUGGUGGCGGUCCAGGUGUUGGUCCAAUUUGUGUUCGUAAACACUUGGCUCCAUUCCUUCCAUCACAUCCAUCUCUUAAGGGAACAUCCUAUGACUCUUCACAAUCCGUUGGUGCUGUAUCUGCUUCUCCAUUUGGUAGUAGCAGCGUUUUGCCAAUUGUCUGGAUGUACAUUAGAAUGAUGGGUUCUGAAGGUUUGAGAACAGCCACAAGAGUAGCCAUGUUGAAUGCCAACUACUUGGCUAAGAAGUUAGCUCCAUACUAUAGAAUCUAUUAUACAGGUACAAAUGGUUUAGUAGCUCACGAAUUUAUUCUUGAUUGUAACCAAUUCAAGAAGACCACUGGAGUUGAAGCAAUUGAUAUUGCUAAGAGAUUGAUGGAUUAUGGUUUCCAUGCUCCAACCAUGUCCUUCCCAAUUGGUAACACAUUGAUGGUUGAACCAACUGAGAGUGAAGACAAGGUUGAAUUGGACAGAUUUAUUGAGGCCAUGAUUUCAAUUAGACGUGAAAUUCAAGAUAUUGAAGAUGGAAAGGCUGAUAAGGUUAACAAUGUCCUCAAGAAUGCUCCUCACACUGCUGAGGUUGUUAUUUCCAAUGAUUGGAAUCGUCCAUACCCAAGAGAGCAAGCUGCAUUCCCAACUGCUUCUACUAGAGAUAGAAAAUACUUCCCAACUGUCAGUCGUCUCAAUGAAGCAUAUGGUGAUAAGCAAGUUUGUACUUGUUUGCCAAUUGAAGAGUACAAAAAUAACUAA